AUGACUUGCUUCUGGAAAAACAAGAAUCAUCCGUCCGGAGCUUAUCUGAAAAGCGCAUAUUUUCCAUAUGAAGCUUCAAGUGGUGGUGCGGUGAUUGGUAGGCGGGAUGUGGGAAAGAGGGUGAUUGUUGGACGAGUCGGUGCUGGUACGUUAAUGUAUGUUGGCCCAGUUGAAGGCAAAGAAGGCGUUUUUUGUGGCGUAGAACUUGAUCAUCCGGAAGGGAAACAUGAUGGUACAUAUCAAGGUGUGCAAUAUUUUUAG